AAGUCAAUCAGCAUCAGUUUCCAGUCAUUCACUGGAGUAAACAAAUCAACUUACUUGAGUUUUGAAUAUUUAUUUUGUGAUCACCAGUUACAUCAAAACAGCCAGCCAUGAGGACUCUUGUCUUGUUACUUUUGGUUGCCGUUGUAGCUAUCGCCUUAAUUCAAGUCACCCAAGGAGACCACUGGGGUAAGAAAAAGGUUCAACAUUUAUGGCAUCACCAUCGUCACGAUCAUCAUCAUCACCAUCACCACAAGCAUAAGCAAGAUCACAAACACGGUCAUUGGCAUGAUCACAAGCACAAGCACAAGGCUGACAAUGAACACAAACACGGACAUUGGCAUGAUCAUGGACACAAACACAAGCACGGACACAAGCACGAACACUGGAAUGACCACAAGCACAAGCAUGGACACAAACACGAGCAUUGGGGUAACCACGAUUACAAACACAAGCAUGAACACAAGCACGAAGACAAAUGGGACGGUUGGCAUGGAAAGGCCUAAAUGAUCUCACCUCUCCGGACCUUGGUUAAUAUCUGAUUAACGAUUAAUCAAACAAAGCCACUUUGAAUUUCAUCAAUUGAACAUUUCAAAAUGGUUGACACAACACUUUAUACUCUUGCAAUAACUCAUAGUCUAUUCAUCUACAUCUCAUCUCUUCAAAAAAUUCAUCAGCUACUUAUACAUUUCACCAAGAUAUUUCAAAAGACAAAAAAUAUCAAUCAAAAUCUGUUAAUAUUCCCAUAAAUCCCUUUCAAUAUACUUGUUAACCUAACAAUUAUAUUAAAUUCUGUAGUCAAAUUUUCAAAUUAAUCUGACAUCUUUUGUCACCAUGAAACCCAUGCAAUUUUAUCAUUCACCAUAAGUGACUGAAAAAUUGUGUUAAAUUGUGUGGGAAUCGCAUAACAUGAAAAAUUGUUAAAAAAAAGUAUUAGAA